UUCACUCAUCAAAAGAAGGAUGGGAUACAAGGAAACUCUUAUAAAGUCCUUCAUCCAAGGCUCUCUUGAUUACCUUUCUUCCUUUGAUUCGCUAGACUAUUCCGCUUGUGAAGAGAAAGUGGCUCAUCUUCUUUGUGAAGCUGAUUUCAUUGAAAGCGUUGCUACCCAGAUAGAAACAAGUCAAUUAAUAGAAGAACUAGAUAUCAAGAGGAACCAAGAUCUUAUAGAAAGACUUAAAUGCGAAAUAGAAGAAGCUAAAAAUGUAAUUAUCCAAAAAGAAAAAGAGUAUGAAGAUGCACUCAAAGUAAAAGCAUGAAAGGAAGAGUAUGAACAAAUAGCAACAGAUAUCAAUUCUUUCCCAUCUGUAGAAGAGAUUGAACAGAAGACAAAUGAUUUGAAUAAAAAUAUCCAGAAUAUUGCAGAUAAGUUAGAGGAAGAAUUAACAGCCCAGAAAGAACACCUAGGAAGCCUUAUAUUAUUGCUAAAUGAUCUAAGUGGUACCUCAGCAACAGACAUAAUAAAUGCCCCUGAAGAAGCAAUGACUUAGGAAUGU